AUGUCUUCUUCACAAAUACCACAAACAUUAACAGAAAUAAAUCGUGAGCACUUUAAUAUUCAGGCCGCGACUUAUGAUAGCGGAAUACGAGUCACUAUAGCAGAAAAAUGUGUUAAAGCGAUAUUAGAAGAAUUUGGCCAUAGUUCCUCUACUGAUAACGAUGAUGAUGAUAAACAAGAGACAGCAGCAUCAGAAGAACAGGAACAUAGCGAUGGAGUUGGUUUUCUUGAUGAAGAUAAAACCCAAGUUCUCGAUUUCGCGUGUGGCACAGGAUUGAUUUCGCAAUUUCUUUUGCCAUAUGUACACUCGAUUCUUGGUGUCGAUACAUCACAAGGAAUGGUUAAUGUCUAUAAUCAAAAAAGUUGGCGACAAGGACUGAUUAAAGAUGAAAUGCAAGCAAUUUGCGUUGAUUUGUUGAAUGAGGAAGGCGAAGAUCCAUUAAAUGGACGAAGAUUUGAUUUGAUUGUGUGCUCUUCUUCAUAUCACCAUCUGGAAGACAUAAAAUCCGCAACUAAAACACUCGCCACAUAUCUAAAGCCUGGAACCGCAUUUGAAAGUAGUGGUGGACUGUUGGAAAAUGUUACUGUGAGAACUGCGUUUUCGUUUAAAAAGUUAAUAAAAAGCGAAGGUGUCGAACGUGAGUUUGAGUAUUUGUUGGCUAAAGGAAGAAGGUCGGAAUUGGUGGAAUAG